AUGGGGCUGCGGGGCUGGCUGUGUGCUCUGUGCGGCUGCGGCUGCUGCGGAGGGGAGGCGGCCGACAAGGAGAAGGAGAAGGAGCCGUUGCUGAGUAACAACAACCCCUACGCCUCCUUCGGAGCCACACUGGCCCGGGAUGAGGAGCAGAACCUGUGGAGCACCCCACAUGACGUGACCCACACGGAGGCAGAUGAUGACCGGGUUCUGUACAACAUGAUUGUGGUCAGGAACCAGCUGGACAAGGACUCAGAGGAAUGGCAAAAGCUCAACUAUGAUAUUUAUACCUUACGGCAGACCCGAAAAGAAGUGAGAAGCAGGUGGAAACACAUUCUGGAGGAUUUGGGUUUCCAGAAAGAAGCAGACUCCCUCUUGUCAGUGACCAAGCUCAGCAUCAUCAGUGACUCUCAGAACAUGGGCAAAGCCAGGGACAUCUUGUUAAAGCUCUCUGAAGAGACAAACAUCUUCCCAACCAGCUGGGAGCUUUCCGAGCGCUACCUCUUUGUGGUGGACCGGCUCAUAGCCCUGGAUGCUGCAGAUGAGUUCUUCAGGAUGGCCAGCAUGGUGUAUCCGAAGAGACCCAGCGGGGAGAGAGUGGAUGAUAGCCUGAAGGCCCCGCAGUGCACCUCUGUUGUGAUGCCCUGAGGAUCCUGCCUUGCUGGCACAAGAUGGGUAGUGGGUUCUUCCCUUCUGGGACCAGGCUCCUCUGAUGAGGGGUUGGCACAAGCAGUGCUGCUCCUUGUUUUCCUGCAGAGAAGCAAGGGGCUGGCCGGAGCUCAGUGAGGAGGUCAGUGAGCUGUGCCCCACUGGGAGGGCACAGGAAGGCGGAUGCUGGCCCCAAGGUCCUCCCAAGCAGAAGGGAGCAGGAACUGCUGUAGUGUAGCCCUGACAGGAGACUGCUAGCAGAGUAGCGUAUGCAAUAGGCACAAGGAGAACCUGCCACACCAGGUGAUGCUACCAGUAGCUGCAGAAGUUGAGAUGCCUGUAGUUGGAAGCACUGCAAGGAGACCCACGUUUCCACAUCCAUUGGUACCUGCCACUGUCCCCUCCUUUGGCCCUGCUAGCCAGGAUGAUGAGAGAGGGAGGAAAAGUACUGCAGUCUGCAGCUCCAUGAUGUGCGCUGCUCCUCUUCCUCAUCCCCAGCCCAUGGCACCCACACCAUGCGAUUCCCAGCGGAUUCAGCAAAGAGGAGCCACACUCUCCAGGAGAAGAGUUAAUGCCCUGGCAAUGCCUUGGAGCAGUGUUACAGUUGGGUGCUCUACCCCAAGCCGUUAGUGGUUUGGAGGUGUUUGUGUUGGGGCUGCUCAGCCUGACAGCUUAAAAGCAGGUAUAUUUGAGGAAGGUGCCAAGGUCAGAGCUGCUGUGUUGUCCUCAGAUUGGCUGCCCAACAUCUUCAUUCACUGCUGAGAGUUUUGAUCUGAAUUACAUAAAACCUCACUGUAAAGCUGCGUGUUCUCUCAGAGUACAUGGUCCCUGCUGUUAAUGAGGGUUUUUAAUGAGUAUCCUUUAUACCUUGUGGUUUGUCUGAUAAUGAGCAAUAAUUUUAACACACUGGAUUUGAUCCUUGUAAAAACAAGUGGAAGUUCUUCAGUGAUGAACACACGUGCUGCUAAUUGCCCAGCUGGAAACGCUGGUUACACAGGACCUCCCAAGAUAGCAAACCAGAGCUUGUUUGUUUAUACCUACAGUGUUUGGAAUAUAUAUAAAUGUAUUUAUGAAUUGCUUCUGUUUGUCUGUCUUGCUGGGAAGCAUUUCUGUCAACUCAGGACACAGUGAAAACCAAGCUCAAUAAACAAGACACAUUACAAAACUAA